UGUUAUUCAAGGCAGCGAAGAAAAACAAGAGGCCACAAGGAUGAUCUCACUGCACUUCCCAUUGCUGUUACUUUGUUUGACACAAGGUAAAGUUUAAUUGUCAUUUUUUAUUGUGAUGUAUGUGAAAUGCACUUUCAAUGGUGCAUUAUUUUUUUGUGAAAGCGUGCUUUGUCUCUUUGCAGAUCUUGUGAGCUGCAGUGACAUAAAGAUGCGCACUGAAUUGUUGACAGCAACAUUAGGUGACUCUCUGACGUUAAACUGCACCUACAACUGUUCCACCGGAUUUGUCCGUGGUUGCUGGAGCACAACACCGGACAACUCUGGCUGCCACGGGACCUUCAGCAAAAGCAGCGUUUGCACAGUGUCCCUUCAUCUGUCAAAUGUGUCCACUGAAGACCUCCAGAAGAGUUACACUUGCUACACAGAGAAUACAGAAGACCCUCAUUUUACACAAAUAACCCAGCGUGUUGUUUCACUGCAACUCGAAGUUCAUAUAAGCUUUCCCCGUUGGACACUUACCCCCCAAACUGAAACAAAAAAUGCAACUCUUCCCGCUAAGCCAAAAGAUCUAAGUGGAGAAACAUUUACCGGAAUGAAGGUUUUAGCAACAGUUACCGUUGCUGUAGCCUUGUUGCUGGCAGCACUGGCUGCUUACCUCUGUCUGAACCGGAACAAACAGAGCAGGCACAGCAAAGGGGAGUUAGCUGUGUCAAGGUCUGGCUCAACACUACCAUCCCCUGCUUCCCUCUCACUAAUGAUGGGGUCAGCGUCAGCACCAAGUGAAAGAGUGGCUUUGAGGAUACCAACACCAGAUAAUGGGAGUGACACUGAAGUUCCAUACGCUGAUAUAAUGAUCACUGUCCGAGGUGUCAGCACACCGGAGCUCACUCAGAUUGGCUACUUGGCUCCUGGAGAUCAGAAAGAGUGGUGGGGAGAUGAACCGAGGUCUCACCUGCAGGCCUCACGGUCAGCUGACAGACUGCAUGUGCUCCUGCCCAGAGAGGUCAGCCGCAAGAUGAGCACCAAUUCGGAAUAUGCAGUUAUCACAUAUGCCUAAGAGAAGUGAAUAAAGGAAAACAUCAUAUUUUUGUUAAUAUUAUUCCCCCCCUGUUUUAAUAUUACAUAACAUGUGAUUUAGCAGACACUUUUACCCAAAGCAACCCCACCCCAUAAUGUUAUACACACUCAUAGCCUAUAUCACUCAAUUACACGGUGUACCUAAUAAAUAAAAAUAAUCAAUAAUAUCUGUGAACUGGGAGCACAUCACCUUUCUUUUCUUUUCUUUUUUUUAUUAUAUUUUUUGGGCUUUUCUAUUGCCUGUGUGUAGUGACAGUACAGUGAAAGAGCCGAAUGACAAGCAGAAAAGGGCUGCCCAAUGCGGGAUUCGAACCGGGGCCGCCUGCAGUGAGGACUGUAGCCUCAUCAUGUGGCGGGAGCUCUACCAAAAUCACCUUUCUUAAACAUUUUGAAGCUCAAUUAAAAGCUCAGCAGGUCACCUUUACUGUAUACAUGCCUCAAUGCAUUAAGUUACUGCCAUAUUACUGUUUACAAAAAUGCAUGUUUUCCUAAUAAAGUGGCUGGUGAAUGUAAUGUACAGUUAUUAUGUUACUGUGUCCAUUUGUUUGAUUUGCGUGUGCUGUGUUUGCAAUGG